AGUGCCUUUUCUCUUCCCUACCCCCUGUGUUUGUCUAAUUCUUGUAUCUAUCAUGAAGGAGAGAGCUUUUUCGAAGUAACCAUCCGAAUUUUGUCAGAAUGACUGAAGGGUGUGCACUUUAAGGGUGCAAACUUUCACAGACUAGUGGUGUGAAAAAGGUGGCAGUAUUCCAUAUCAGUUUAGUUUUCCUCUCUAGUAAUUGUUGAAAAUCCACUAUUUUCCAGUUACAGAUUCUCUUCUUCCUAGAAUUGUGUGGUUUCUUUUUGGAAUUUCUUCAAUUGUUGCCAUCGGUUUGGGUUCACUGCUCCUGCAUACAAUCAGGAACGGAGCAAAAGAAGUGGCAGGUGCCUCCUGAAGAACACAGGUCCUAUUUUUACAGUUUUUCUCUUUUCCAUGGAACUGCAGACAUGGGAAAUUCUGGUUCUCUCUGAUUCCGAGCCACACGUACUUGAUUUGCAUGGUGCCCCAGCCAAUUUUUCACAGUACUGCAUUGCACUGUGGCUUUUUUCAUCAUUUAUUGGUACAGACGAAUUUUCCUCUUCUUCUUUUCCUUUUUCGCUUAUUUCUGGUGAAGAGACAUUCAUGUCACCUUUUUGUAAAAAUAGUGAUCCUGAAUUGUAACAUAUGUCUCCAAAAAUCCUCACUAAAAUGUAUUUUCAUGGAAGACAAAAAUUUUAUACAGUAGAGAAACUAGGUUAGAAAGUAAAGUUUAUUCAUUAAUGUAUUAUUUCAAAAUUACUCAUGUGACAUGAUACAGUUCCUUGUUUCCUUAUUUGCAUCUCAGAACUUCCCUGCAUCUGUUGGGUCUUAAAAACUAAAAGGGGUGAUUCACUGCAGGAGGGUUUUCUUGCAAGGCACAGAGUUGGUCUUAGCAUCAGUUUGAGGUGAAGGUGAGAAGGGAGUCAAACAUCUGGCCAUGGCUGUCUACCUGCUCCUGACAUUUCUCUUUUCCUUUACUACAGCUCUUCAAAUGUCUGAUAGCGAAAUAUUUUCAUUCUAUAAUGAAGAUAGCAAGCUCUGUGCCCAAGCUCAGAACUCUAGCUCAGUCAUAACUACUACUUGUGAUGAGCACAGCGAGUUUCAACAGUUCAGGUGGAUCUCUGCCAAGCAGCUGCUGAGCGUGGCGCUCAAGCUGUGCCUGGGAGUGCUCUCCAAGGAUGAAGAGGCUGCCAUCACGUUGGAAUCCUGCAACAGCACGAAUGAGCUCCAGUGGUGGGAAUGCAGAAAUGAGAUGCUUGCAACCCAUGGCAAGGAUUUAUUUUUCAACUAUGGCAAAGGAAAAGGGAAGAAAACCAGGUUGUCCAAAGGAGUAGGCAAAGGGAGCAUGUGGAAAAUCUAUGCAACUGCAGACAGCAUGUGCUCUCAGCGCUAUGAGGAUAUCUAUACACUAGGAGGAAAUGCCUUUGGCGCACCUUGUGUGUUCCCUUUUAAGCUCCAUGGUAAAUGGUACACUGAAUGCAUCCCCCGGAGUGAUGAUGCAGGCUCUCUCUGGUGUGCAACUUCUUCAGACUUUGAUACAGACCAUUUGUUUGGAAACUGUCCACUAAAAGACACCAUCCACAACAACCUUUGGAAAACAAAUCCUGUGACAGGAACUCACUAUCAAAUAAACUCAGAGUCACUUUUGACAUGGUACCAAGCAAGAAAAAGCUGCCAGCAACAGAAUGCAGAAUUAUUAAGCAUCACAGACGUUCGUGAAGAAAUGUAUUUAUUAGGGCUCACUAGUGACCUGAGUGUCAAUGCAAAGCUCUGGACUGGUCUCUUCAGUGCACUUGACAGUGGCUGGCAAUGGACUGGGGGCAGUCCUUUCAGAUACCUAAACUGGGCUCCAGGAAAUCCCGCUGUGGAAUCUGGAAAAAUAUGUGGGACCUUCCAAGGUAGGAAUGGGAAAUGGGAAAACCAGGUGUGUGAGCGGAAACUGGGAUAUAUCUGCCAAAAGAGAAACUCCUCCUUGGAUUCCUCCAUUAUUGCCUCAGGUGACUCAAAGCCUUUCAAGUGCCCCAGAGAAUGGGCGGCCUAUGCAGGUCAUUGCUAUAGAAUUUACAGAACACCCAAAAUAUGGAAAGAAGCCCAGUCUUCCUGUAGAAAAGAAGAUGGAGAGCUGGCGAGUAUUCAUAAUAUUGAGGAGUACAGCUUUACAGUGUCUCAGCUUGGGUACAAGCCAGAUGAUGAGCUGUGGAUUGGUCUAAAUGACCUCAGGGUUCAAAUGUAUUUUGAAUGGAGUGAUGGGACACCUGUGACUUACACCAAAUGGCAUCACGGAGAGCCAACCCACACACUGAAUGAGGCAGACUGCAUCGUUAUGAAGGGAGAGGAUGGAUCUUGGGCUGACAGUGCUUGUGAAAAGAAACUCGGCUAUGUCUGCAAAAGGAAACCUUUGGCAGAACAAUCAGGAGAAGAUGAGGUUACUUACCCAGGCUGCCAGAAAGGCUGGAUGAAGCAUGGCUUCUACUGUUACUCCGUGGGUCAGUUACCAGCAACAUUUUCAGAAGCAAAACAAAUAUGUGAAGAAAACAAAGGUUACCUGGUUACUGUGAGAGACAGGUAUGAACAAGCUUUUUUGACUUCUGUAAUCGGAUUAAAUCCAGCAAAGUAUUUCUGGAUUGGUCUCUCAGACACAGAGGAGCAGGGGACGUUCAAGUGGGCUAGUGGGGAUGCGGUCACCUUCACACACUGGAACGCAGGAAUGCCCGGAAGGGAGCCAGGCUGUGCGGCCAUGAUAACAGGAACUUCAGCUGGAUUAUGGGAUGUUUUGAACUGUGAAGAAAACAACAUGUUUCUCUGCAAGCAGCUGGUAGAGGGAGUGACACCCCCCCCUCCUCCAACAACGACCCCUCUCCCAUCGUGCCCAGAGGGAUGGCAAUCUGUUCCUCAGAGCAGCUCCUGCUUCAAAAUUUUUCAGGAAGGAAGGGAGAAAAUGCAAACAUGGUUUGGUGCAAGAGAUUUUUGCAGAGCCAUUGGAGGAGAUCUAGCAUGUAUCCACAGUGAAGAAGAACAAAACCUAAUAGCUGGCUUAAAGAGAGAUUAUCUUCACUUAUCCUACUGGAUGGGUUUAAGCGCGUUGGACUCCGACGGUGGAUUUACAUGGAGUGAUGGCUCACCAGUAAAUUUUGAAAAAUGGGCAAAUGGAGAACCAAACAAUUAUGAUGGAAAUGAAAAAUGUGGCGUGUUUAAUGGCUACAAUUAUAUGAAUUGGAAUGAUUUAUUUUGUGAACAUAUGCAAGGCUAUGUUUGUCAAAUAAAAAAAGGAGCACCACUGAAACCAGAGCCUGCUUCCACAUUCAAUUAUGAAUAUGUUGUGGGUGAAGAUGACUGGAUAAUAUAUAAUCACAAGGAAUACUACUUCAGCAAGGAACCAAUGCCUAUGGAAAAAGCCAGGGAAUUUUGCAAGAAGAAUGGUGGUGAUCUUGCUGUCAUUGAGGGAGAAAGUGAAAAAAAUUUUCUUUGGAAAUACGCGUUCUAUAAAGACUGGGGAAAUAACUUUUACAUUGGCUUAAGUGUGAGCCUUGACAAGACAUUCCGGUGGAUGGAUGGAACUCCAGUGAACUAUGUUGCCUGGGCUCCAAAUGAACCCAAUUUUGCAAAUAAUGAUGAAAACUGUGUGGUCAUGUAUACCCAGACAGGUACAUGGAAUGAUCUCAACUGUGGCAGCGUUGAGUUAUUCAUCUGUGAAAGGCUUAACUCUACUGUUCGUCCAACUGUUGCUCCCACUGCACCACCACCAAAGGGUGGGUGUCCAGAAGACUGGCUCCUCCUUGACAACAAGUGUUUCAAAGUAUUUGGCUUUAAUGAAAAUGAUACGUUGACAUGGCACGCUGCACGGAACAAUUGUAUUGAUUUUGGAGGAAACCUGGCUACUAUAUCAAGAAAGGAAAUGCAAGCUUCCCUCAUGUCCCUCUUAAAAAAUGCUGCAACUGAUGCUUGGAUUGGACUGAAUGACAUAAAUCAGGAGCACACGUACUUGUGGACAGAUGGAAGUCCAGUUUACUAUACAAAUUGGGCAAAAGGUUCCCGAAGUUAUUAUAGUAAGGAUGACUGUGUCUUUAUGAUGAAGAACCCUAUUGAACAGGCAGGGAAAUGGAAAGAUGAAGAAUGUAAAACAAGCAAAAGCUACAUAUGCCAAAAAAAUUCAGACCCCAAACUGCAAAGCUCCCAACCCAUAGUUCCAAUGUUUGGCUAUAACAACUACGGUGAUGACCGUUAUGCAGUCAUCAACUACAAAAUGAGCUGGGAAGAAGCAGAGAAGAACUGCAGAGACCAGUCUUCAGAACUCGCCAGCGUUUUGGAUCCUUAUGCUGAAUCUUACCUGUGGUUACAAAUACUAAAGCAUGGGGAGCCUGUAUGGAUUGGUCUUAACAGCAACACAACUAGUGGCCGUUACAUAUGGUCAGACAGAAGGAGGAGCAGGUAUCAUAACUGGGCCACUGGAGAACCAAAUAAGAACACAGCCUGUGUCUAUUUGGAUAUGGAUGGGUUUUGGAAGACAGCAUCUUGCAAUGAAACAUUUUUAUCAAUCUGUAAACAAUCCAAUGAGUUAAUCCCUAGUGAACCGCCACAGCUUCCCGGAAACUGUCCUGAACCAAAGCGUGGUAGAUCAUGGAUUCCCUUCCGUGGUCAUUGCUACUAUGUUCACACCACUUCUGAGGAAAGCUGGCCUGAUGCAUCCAUGACGUGUAUUCAAAUGGGUGCGUCUUUGGUUUCCAUAGAAGAUUCUGCUGAAAUGGACUUUCUCUUACUAUAUUUGUCUCCACUUGCAAGUGACUUCAGAAAGUUUUGGAUAGGAUUGUUCAAAAAUAUUGAUGGGGAAUGGUUAUGGACAGACAGAAGUGCAGUAGACUUUGUCAACUGGGAGAAAGGAGAGCCUACAGUAAUUUUUGAUGAACACUGUGUUGACAUGGAUGUCUCAAGUGGAACCUGGAGGAACUAUUACUGCUCUGUUGACCAGAAUUUUAUUUGCAAAAUCCCCAAAAUUGCUGAAGUUGAGCCAACCCAUGAUUCACCCACCAAUAAAGCAUCAAAAAAGGAAGCUACUGCUUCAUCUGGAAACAAUUUAGGUGGGAUGAUUGUUAUACUGAUCUUCUUUGUGCUAGCAGGAACUGGCCUUAUAUUCUAUUUCUUCUAUAAAAAAAGACGUGAUCGACAAGCAAUUACAACCAGUUUUGACAAUGCCAUAUACCGUGGUGAUGCUGACCCUGGAACUCAUGAAUCAAAUUGGCUUGUGACCAAUAUUGAACAAAAUGAGCAGGCAACAGUGUAAUAAACACAGUAAUUCUGGGCCUGAUUUUGAAAGGAGUUAAAGUGCUGGAAUACAAGAAUUCUUAAGGCAAAAAGUGACUUCCUCUAGUUCAACUUGCACGGGAUGCUUCUUGCUUUCUAUACUUGCAGGAACAAGCAAUCUUGCAAGGCAGAUACAGAGAUCUGCUCACAAACUCUCAUACGUGAAAGGACUGUUGAGCAUGCACAUAGAUCUGUGUGAGUGAACUCUCAGCCACCUUCAGAGCUUCAGAGUUUCAGUCUCUGCAUGGUCCAGCAUCACUUUAGGCACAAGAAGAACCAUGCUCACCAAAGGCAACUGUGAGAAUAUGCUCCUUAGCAUGUCCCAAAAGGUAUAUCCAGAUCUGUUGGUAUUCUGAAAAUGCCCUAAUCUUCAGUGAAGACUGGCAGACUUGCACAGGCUGGAUGGGAUCUCAAAGCUUACCUGGAGCAUGCCCCUGGCAAGCAGGACCAGAUCCCUGCCUCAGCCAGGCAGCCUGCUCCACAUCUUUUUUUUGCUACUGAGGUACUCACAGAAACCCUUCAUGUUGCCUGUAAUAUUUGAAUUAACAUAUUUUCCUCAUCUGUAUAGAAAGUGUAAAUUGUUUUUAUUCUGCUAUAAUUCUGUAACAUUAGCAUUGAAAGGUCAACUGUAAUAGGAGGUUGGAAUGUAUUGUGAAUAGAAAUACUUUACCAUUUAAAUAGUAGAAUAGGGAUCUCAAAGGAUUCUGUAGAAGAGGGGAUAGGCAGGAUGAAUUUUACUUAAUUCAUAACUGAAAAAAGUACAUAAAAUUUAUUCUUGAAGUAACCAAUACCAGUGAAGACUUCAUACCUUUUUAGGCCAUUUUUUCAAGCCUAAUGAAACUUACUAUUAGGAAGUCCUUUCUAAUUUUUAACCUACUUCCCCCUGUCCAAGUGUAUUUUAAUUCUUUGAAUAUCAUUCUAGACUUCCAUCAUGAUGGGGCUGAUAGCAUUGCAUGCAUAUCCUCUAGGUUCAGAAACGCUAAAAAUAUACAGUAGGCUCACAGACAGGUUUUCCUUUUUACUUUUCCAGUGUAUUUUAUUCCAAAUGUAAACAAACAAAUGACUCAAAGCUCUUAGUCUAGAGCAGAUCCUUAUUUAAUUUGAUAUUUUUGAUAUUUUAAUCUUUUGACAGAUUUUGUGUUUAAAUUAAAGUAUUUUGCGUGUGUAUGGAAUACAUGUAAAUAAGUUUUUAUUCUACAUUUGUUCACUAAAUGGGCAUUAGAAGGCUGGUUCUAAGUAAAAGUUUGUGUGUCUUCAACUGAACAAUUGAUCAUAAAGUAAAAAUAAUAGGAAGGACGGAUGGGAUUCUUAAACUUCUAUACACAAAUGAACAUCCAGUUUUCCUGGUCUAGCAUGUUCUUAAAGAGCAAUGGGGAUUUGUCUUUACUGUCGUGUGAAGCAGUGUGUCUUGUUGCUUAUUCAUCCAUGACAUUUGAAAGUUUACCCUAAUAAACAUCUAAUGAAAGUGCUGUAA